AUGAUCGAGUCGCAGAACACGCUGUCGCACUGCGAGAUCUCGGAGCGCGCCACCAUCAAGUUCGUGGGGCGCGUGGCCGACGUGGCCGUGCCCCUCGAGGAACAGCACGAGGUGGAGCUGCUGCUGCGCGAGCUCAACUGCUUCCCGGUCUUCCUGGAGCAGGAGGAGGCCAAGCUCUACUACGAGGACUACUGCAAGCAGACGCUCUGGCCCACGUUCCACAACGUCGUGGACGUCUACAGCCCCGUGGACGUGGUGCUGGACGUGGACGCGCAGCAGCAGCAGACCCCCGCGGCCCAGUUCUGGAACCCGGGCUGGCAGAAGGUGGCGUGGCAGGCCUACGCCAACGUCAACCAGUUGUUCGCGCACAAGAUCUGCGAGGUCUACGAGCCCGGGGACGUCGUCUGGGUGCAGGACUAUCAUUUGCUGCUCACGCCCAGCUACAUCGUGCGCAAGAUGCGCGCGGCCAACGUGGGGCUCUUCCUGCACGUGCCCUUCCCGUCCUCCGAGGUCUUCCGGACGCUGUCCAUGAGGAAGGAGCUGCUGAGGGGCAUGCUCAAUGCGGACCACAUCGGCUUCCACCUGUUCGAGUACGCGCGCCACUUCAUGUCGGCGUGUCGACGCAUUCUGGGACUAAGUUAUGAGCCCAUUCUGAGGGGCCAGUUGGGUAUUGACUAUGGGGGACGGCGCGUGGCUGUCACGUGCAGCCACAUGGCCAUUGAUGCGCAGAGGAUCGAGGAGACGCUGGUGAGUGAGGACGUCCGCGAGAUGGUAGUCAAGCUGCGCCAGAAGUACAGGGACAAGAAGAUCUUCGCUGGAUGCGACACUAUUGAACGCUUGAAGGGCAUUCCGUCCAAGAUGCUGGCGUUCGACGGGUUUCUGUCGAGGUGCCCGGACUUCAUUGGCAAGGCUGUGCUGGUGCAGAAGGGCAUUCACAGACGUGGAAGGGUGACGGACUAUCUGCAGAGCAAGAAGGAGAUCGAGCUGGUGGUGCAGGCCAUCAACAACAAGUACCGUGAUGUUGCAAAGGGGGACGUGGUGGACUACGAGGAGGUGGACGAGUUCCCCUACAAAGAGCGGGUGGCGUUGUGGCGUGUUGCCGACGUGCAGAUCACGACUGUACUAAGGGACGGGCUCAACACGACGCCCUUCGAGUAUAUUGCCACACACAAGACCUCGCCUGGUGUGCUGAUUAUGAGCGAAUUCUCCGGCAGUAGCAGAUUGCUGAGUGGUGCACUAACGGUGAACCCCUGGGAGUUAGACCAAGUCAUCGACGCACUCCGGGACGCUGUAUACAUGCCAGCCAAUGAGCGCGAGCAUCGGCGCAAUUGCGACUUCCAGUUCGUCUCUGCCAACCCUCCUCGACGCUGGGCCAAGUGCGUGCUCACGGAUAUUGUGAAUGCACGAAAAAAGGAGGAGUCGUUUGUCUACAUGGGCACAGGCUUCGGUCUGGACUUUCGUCUGAUGGAAGUUAGCGCUCACUUCCGGAAACUAACGGAGCAAGAGAUAUCACCAGGGUACCGAACCAGUACGAACCGCGCAAUUUUCUUGGAUUAUUAUCGAACGCUAGCUCCCGACGUGUCGAAGGUGAUGGGGGUGCGGUGGCCUGACGUACCUUUGAGUGCAUUGGCUACGCUGGAGCAGUUGUGCAAGGACCCUCGCAAUACUGUUUUCAUCGUAAGUGGCUGCAAUUGCGACCUCCUUACGCAGAAGUUUGGUGGCGUGCCAGGCUUGGGCCUUGUUGCAGAACACGGGUACUUCAUCCGACGUGCGGUUCUAGGCAACGCUGCUCGCAUUGGGCGUCCGUGGGAACGGCACGGUGAUAUUUUGCAGAUAGAGGGAGGCCAUCAGCAGUGGCGCGUCAAGGCCGAGAAGAUCAUCCAGCUCUAUGUUGAUCGAACGAAUGGAUCGACGCUGGAACUGCGAAGGAGUGCCGUACUGUUCCGCUACGGCAAAUCCGAUUUUGAUUUUGGCGCACUACAGGCAGCUGAGCUGAAGGAGCACUUGGAGGGCGUAUUUGAGGGCUGGCCGUUGAACAUCAUUCAAGGCAAAGACUACAUCGAAGUGCGGCCCGAGGGGGUUGGCAAGGGCAAGAUCGUCAGCCACUUGCUGAACAAAAUGCGCGUCGACGGCAAUCCAGCGGAUUUUGUUCUCUGCAUUGGGGACGAUGUGGCCGACGAGCUGAUGUUUGAUGAACUCAAGAAAAUGGUAGCACAUGAAGAACUCCCAAAAGACAAAGUAUUUACCUGCACUGUAGGGCAGAAACCCUCCAAGGCUGAAUUCUUUGUCGACGACUAUACUGACGUCAUUGCGCUGCUAAAGUCCAUGAAAGUAAUGGCUACGAAGUCCAACCGCAACUACUCGCUCUCGGAUAUGCAGUCUUUUGUGCGAGACACACGCCCGUUCCUCUCGUCCUCCUCGCACGGCAACGCUGGAGUAUCAAGGAGUGCGACGUCAGACUCAGUGAUCCGAAAGUCAUCAAGCCGCCAUGGACUCCACAAUCAUCUGACGCCUGUGAUCGAAGAUCAAAUCAUCCCAACAGACUGGCUCAAUCGUCUCCAGCAACUGGGCGUAGUCGCGAUCUUGGUUGGCAUUCUUCGCUGGCGCAGCGGCGUGAAGAAUCCUCACGAAAAGAAGCUGCUGAUGUAUCUGGUGGCAUCGCUGGGCAUCGCGUGGUCUAUCCAGCGCGUGCGGUCAAAGUCGAACAAGUAA